AUGGACAACGUGUUGUAUUUCCAUCCUCGCUGUGCCUUCAGCAAGGACUUGAUAAACGGCGUGCGGCGGAUCCCAUCCCUGGCGGCGAACCUCAGGACCGUGGAUGGCAGCGAGGCCUUCCGUUGGCUCAGCUCCCUGCCGACGCGCGGGGGCGAAGGUGCCGCUUCCGAUGGGGCGCCAGGGAGUUCCGAGACUCGACCGGCGGUCGAGUGUUCGAGGCACGCCGACUCUUCGACCCUCCGCUUCGUCGACUUCAACGCCGAGCAUCCGUCCGUCACCAUGGCCCCCGAGUGGUACUGCUCGUUCUGA